ACCGGCAGCGGGGCCAUGGCCGGGGCGGGAGCGCAGCGCGGAGGCUGCUCCAGCCCUGCAGCCCGCGGGGACGCGCGGUGGGGCCGCGGGCAGCGCGGGGAGGUACCACAAAAGUAUCUGGCCCCUCUGGGAAAAGAGGGAGAAGCAGCUAAAGCCGAGGAGGAGCGACAAAGUGAGGAGCUGCUGAAACAGACGGCAGCCGAGAGGCAGAAGAUCGUCGGGGAGUGGCAGGAGCUGCGAGGGUGUCUGGAGGAGCAGGAACAGCGUCUGCUGGCCCGGCUGGAAGAGCUAGAGAGAGCCAUUGUUCAGAGAAGGGAUGAGGGCGUCUGCAGCUUGUCGUGGGAGAUUUCCCUGCUCAGCGAGAGGGGAGGAGAGAAGGGGCAGCAGCCGCUGAGCCAACCCCUGCAGGGUGUUGGGAGCACUGGGGGCAGCAGGGAGGACAGGACAUUCCGGAAGCUAGAGCCGUCGUUUGCGGAGCUGGAGAAGAGACUCAGCGAUUUUUCUCUGAAAAGUGCCAUGCUGCAGGAGGUGGUGCUGAGAUUCAAAGAGACGCUGCGACGGGGGCUGGGGAGCGACACAGCCAUCCCGAUGAUGAUUAAUUUCUGGGAAACAUCCUCAGCAGAAUUAUUUGAAGGUGUUGUACCAGACAGUAAAGGCACAGAGGCAGUGGCUUGUGGGAAAGAGGUGAAGUAAGGCAGAGAGUUCAAAACGUGGGUGUUACUGGAAUUAACAGUUCCCAGGGUUGGUCCAUGUAUGCCAUUGCACUGGGCUCAUUCACGCUUUGUCCGGGUACCAUGUAGCACUCUCUUCCCAUGCGUAGUCAAUGCUGAUACAAAAGAAUGCUCUAGGCUUGUGUUUCUCAGCUGGUGGUUUGUGACCCCCGGGGGCUCAGGAAAGGCAGUCAGGAGGCUGUGAGAUGUUGAGUAUUUCAUUAUGAUCUAAAGCAAAGAAAAUCUCACUCCCCCACUCCUGCACUCCCCUGUUCAUUGUGAUCAGUGUUCUCUGUCAGCCUCUUGAAAUAUACAAGUUAUAUAUAGACUCAGCACGGAUACAUGUUGUAUUCUUACUUUUAUAGUAAAUGUUCAGGGGUCAGAAAAGAUUUGGCUUCCAAUAAGUGGUGCUUGCUUACUUAUCUCAGCUGUGAAAUGAGGCAGUUUGCAGGUGUGCACAGUAACCCUUUCAUUGCCUGUA